AUGUCUGCGUUCAUCAUCUCCUUUGCAGUCUUUGCAGUUAUUGCCGUAGUAGCUGUUGUUCUGUUUGUGACGCGUGUCCGCACAAACACCACUGUUCCUCUUUCUAAGCUCGAGUAUAUUCCAGAGACCAUCACCCUUGAGGGUAUGACCAAAGACGUUAAAGAGUCCUACCGCAAACCAGUGGCCAACACUUCCGUAUACAUCGACCUCCCAAGACUUGCUCCGAAGGUCUUGAUCUUUGCAAAGAGCCAAUUGGUCGUCUCGGGAGCGAAAGUAGCAGAAGACCAUCCCGACUACCGUUGCGAAGAGGCAAUCAAAGGAGUCUUGGUCGGGUUGUCCAAUGCCCUCAGUGAGAACAAACUCUCAGAAAACCUUCUCUCGACAUUCGACGCACACUUUCCUUACAUCAAGAACGGGAAGAAGUGCGACGCAGCCAUGUUCAAUAAGACAUAUCUUGAGGACAAUUUCAAAGAGGGCGACUUGGUCUUGUGUGUGUUGAAGACAAUAACUCAAUGCAUGUUUGCUAGUGCUGUGCAAUACUAUGUACCACUCAGAAUCAAAUUUCCAUAUAGAGAUGUGACUAACGGGUGGGUUGUAGAAAUCAGAAUCGAUGAGGACAACAUUAUUGUCAAGCACAUCAAGAGCGAGGAGUCUCUUGUGAAAGACUGCUUCUUCUUUAAAUGGUCACUCAUCCUUAAGAUCAACAGAAAAAGCAAGGAACUCUACGACGUCAAGACCGGAAUCGAUUUGUUCAAAUUCGGGAACGAAUGCGACAAUAAAAUGCAGAAAGAUAUUAAAGAGGUGAUCCACCAAUUUGAGACUAAAUAA